CCUCCUCCCGCCCCCUCUUGCACCCCGACACAUCCCCACCGAGACACCCCUUUGCCCCCUUGCCUGCGCGCCUCCCCCCCCCCUGAGGAUGGACUUCUCCACGCUGCCUGACCGUAGCCGGAUGGUUAACGCCAACGGCGAGCGGCUUCGGACUGUGCAAUUUGCCCAGAUCGUCAUCGGCUCGCCCGGGUCCGGCAAGUCCACCUACUGCGAUGCGGCUCUCCGCCUGCUCAAGAGCAUUGGACGACCGACGGCAUAUGUCAAUUUCGAUCCGGCCAUCGGGUACGAGGCGACCGAGGACACCGAGGGCCUCCUUGCACAGGCGGACCUGGACAUCCGCGAUCUGGUGGACUUGACCAGCGUGCAGGAUGAGUUCGCUCUCGGGCCGAAUGGCGGGCUCAUCUACUGCAUGGAGUACAUCGCCGAGAACAUUGACUGGGUCUUGAUGAAGAUUCGCUCGCUGGAGGCCGAGUACCUGUUGAUUGACUGCCCCGGCCAGUCGGAGCUCUACUCUUACCAUGAUGCCAUGAACCGGAUUUUGGACUGCUUCGAGAAGGCGCAGAUUCGGGUUGUGGUGGUCCAUCUGUCCGACUCGCGGCACUGCUCAGACCGGUCGCGCUACCUGACCGCGGCACUUAUCCCCUCGCUGCAGUCGAUGCUGCACCUGGGCCGGCCGCAAAUCAAUGUCCUGGGCAAGGUGGACCUGAUCAAGCGCCAGGAAAUUGAUUAUGGCCUUCCCUUCUUCCUGGCCCCCGAGGGGCUGGAGCGGCGCCUGGAGCUCCGAGCCCCGAGGCGGCGCCGGGCCCGCUCAAGGCGCGGGGCAUCCUCCGCCGAGCCCCGGGCGGGCCUUGCCGGGCACCUGAUUCCCACAUCCGAGCAUGGCGCCUCGCUGCCCAUUCUCCCGAGUGUCACGAACACCAUCCCCCCGCGGGCGGCUCGGGUGGAGGUCCGCUACGGCCCCGAGGAGGAGGAGGAGGAGGAGGAGCAGCUGCUUGAGGGCGAGGAGCUCCUGGGAACGCGGGAGCCCGAGCCCGGGGGCCACUUGGUGGCACCUGAGCCGUGCGAUGCCCCCCCGGCGGCGGCCGCCCACCAGCCGGCGCCGGUCCUCCACGCGUACCCCAUGAUGCACCGGUCGCUAUGCCGGCUGGUGGACGACCAUGCGCUGGUGUCGUUCCGGCCGCUGUCGGUCAUCUCGCGGCGAACCCUGGCCCGGGUGAUCCACGCCGCUGACCGGGCCAGCGGCUAUGUCUACCAGGACGGCACGGACCUGGGCCUGAGCCCGGAAGAUGACCCGGAUGACUUUGGGCUGGAGGACUUCGACGGCGAGGGGCCCGGCGGGGCGGCCGGCCCCCGGCCGGCGCCGGAGCAGGCUCGCGCCGCCGGUGGCCGGUCUGAGCUCUGGCGCCAGGGCGAGCAUCUUCAGCUGGGCGAGGAGGAGGAUGACUACUUCAACAUGAUGGACAUUGUCGAUGCCAUGGCCGGGCACCAGCCGGCUGACGAGGGUCUCAGCCCUGCCGCUGCCCCCGCCAUUGAGCCCCCGGUGUCAGGCAAGUUCAUCAUCCCCGGUGAAAGUCUUCAGACCGGGGCGGCCCCGCUGCGGUCGAUUGGCUACACCGGCGGCUUCGCCCACAUCCCGAGCGUCAACUCGGCCACUGCUCCCGCGACCACCGCCCCUGCGGCCACCGCUGCCUCCGGCGGCACAGCCGCCCCUCCCCCCCCAGCCUCCGAUCCGCUGGAGGUCGACCUUUCGGACUGACGCGUGACCCUCCCCCAAUAGACCAUGUGCGAGCUCC